AUGACGAAAAGCCUCAAAGAAUCAGCAUGUCAAGUUCAUCCUACAACUAAUAUAAUGCAGUUGGGUGCAACGCUUAUAAUUUUCUUUCUGUACAGAGUCUUAGGAAAUGAACCUGGAAAAGCAAUUGAACAAAGCAGUGUAAACGUGACCUGUAGGGAUGACAGUGUUUGGAAUACAACUCUUAGAAGAUGUAUCGAAUGUAACCCUGGCUUUGUUGGACGGAAUUGUUCCAUAUUGUGUCAUUAUCCUCAGUAUGGCUACUUAUGCAGCAAGCGGUGUGAGAAUUGCAGUAAUGGAACAUGUGACCACAGAACAGGCUGUCCAGAAUCAGAAUCCACACUUCUUCCAGCAACUAUGAGACAGACACAUCGGAAAACAUUCAAAGGAAUGACCAAACAGAAAAGAAAACACGACGUAAUGACGAUAAGCCUCAAAGAAUCAGGUUCUGGUACAGAUAUUUUAUCAUUCAGAUAA